CUGCAGGUUGCGUGAUUUGGGCCUGUGUCAUAACCUUUUGUUGUGCAGUCAUGGCCUCGGACUUUUGUGAAAGUUGCUCCCGGUUGCUCCGAGACCUCGCUGAACGUCUGAGGAGAGUUUGGGGAGAGUUCGAGUACAAACUGAAGGGGAGUUUUAGAGAAAUUGCCCAAUGCACCUGCUUUGGGAAUGCACCUGAGAGGAGGACGGCUCAGGAUUUAUCCUCGUUGCAGCGCAUGCAUGAUGAUGAAAUUCCAGUUUUCAAUCAGAGAAGACUCCAAGCACUGUGCCGGCUUGCAGCCUCUCAAAAUGCUGAUCUGCAAAUGACUGUAGCCAUAUAUUACUUGCACAUCAGUCACCACUUGAACUCUCCGCUACCAGAUGCUUUCAUAGAACCAAUCAUGGCUCUUCUUUUGUCCCCUGACCCGGAUGUGCAAAAGACUACUUCCUUCACGCUGGUCAACUUAUUAGCAAACGAUAAUGUGUGUAAGGAGUCAGUGAUCGAGAUGGGCAUGUUGGUGCCGCUGUUGGAGUUGUUCCAGUCCGGUGAUCCCUCUGCUCAGUGUCACUCUUGUGCCUGCGUGGCCAUGCUGGCCUCCUCAGAAUCAAACAGGGAUGCGAUUUUGGUGGAUGGAAUCAUACCUUUGUUGGCUUUGGCAAAAUCCUACGAUCCAGCGGAGCAGCAGAACGCAGCGUGGGCUCUGCUAUAUCUCACCCAGUCAGAUUGGUCAACAAGGCUUCUGUGUCAAGCGGGGGCCAUCCCUGUUUUGGUUCUGCUGCUGCAGUCCUCCAGUUCAGAAGUCCAGUUUUACAGCUGCACGGCACUUUGCAACAUUGCUGCUGAUCAAGAGCAUCGGCCAAAGUUGCUCAGCAUUGGGGGUCAUUAUUUGUCCAAGUCACUUUUGACUCUUUUGUCUUCCUCUGUGCAAAAGAAUUCAGCUCAAGCAUGCAGAUGCCUUCAAAUUCUUUCCAAGAACGUUUGGGUCCAGGAACAGCUCAUGGAGCUGAACUGCGUGUCGCCUCUGAAGGCCCUGCUCAGGAGUUUGAAUGCUGCAUGGAUAAAGUCAGCCUUAACACUGCUGUGUACGCUGUCUGCACAGCCAGCAAACUGUGAUAUCCUCGUGAGUGAAGGAGUGUUGAGGGAAAUCGGUCAGCUCCUUCAUCACCCUAGGUCAAAUUCUGCUCUGAUCUCCCAAAGUUGUCAGAUCAUCACUGACCUCUGCAGCGCCUGCAUGGAUGAGCAGGCUGUGACGGAAAGCCUGUGCUUAUCAGGGCUGCUCAGGGUGCUCCUGUCUCCAUCCCUGUCCGAUGAGACGUUAGUACACGUGACGUUGUGCUUACAUCACCUGAUGACCUGGGAUGGGUUGAGGGCUAAGUUGUCCGGAUCAGUGACACCAGAGCAGGUUUGGAGACUGGUGGAGCUUUCUGGACAGACCAGAAGUUCCCAGUUAUCAUACAGCUCUGCAGCCGUCAUUCACAUGUUUGGAUUGACAGGAGAUUCCCUCCACCUGCUAAGGCCUCACUACGGCGCAGUGUCUAAAUAUCUGUUGCUGUUCCUCAGAAGGAAAGAGGUUAAAUUCCAGCAGCUUGGCAUUGCUACCAUGGUCAAACUCAGGAAUGAUGGAGACUUUUUAACAGCGGUGACUAACGCUGAGCUGGAGGCUGAGCUCUGCAACGUUCAUGCGCAGACCGAGGAGACGAGGCAGCUGCUGCGAAGGAUUCAGCCUCCUCCUCCAGCUUCUGGUUCAUCCUCCCCUUGACUUGCUCAGUUUAUUUUGAUGCAGUGUUUGGA